AACGUAAGUUGCAUUCGUCCAUGCAUGUAGCUGCACAAAUUGAAUUCGGUAGGUAUCUCUUUCAUUAAUGCUCAACCUAAUAAUGCUUUCGUACCCAAAGUCAUCCGCUCUUAUCAGACUGCUAUUACCAUCUUUGAAUCACAUCUCUAUUCUGUUACACUACUUACGUCUUAUUUUCAAUUAAAAUAAAUAAUUUCGAUAAAGAUUUAUAUCAAAGUUUGUUACCAGAUGAUAAUAAUAAGCCCUCAUCCCACAAAUUUUCGACAAGGAUCGGUUAUUUAAUAUGUUAUCAGAGUUCAGACUUAUUUCGAGAAGGAUCGGUUAUCUCGUUAUAUAUAACUAGUGUUCACAGUAUCAGUGUCGGCCCUUCUAUUACCGCACAAAGCUGCUCUUCCCCGGUUGAAACCUGAUAUCUCCUGAUCAAAUGGAUGUGGCUAAUGGAAAAGCUCAUGAAGUUGUUACAGCAAAGAGUACUGAUGAAAUAAAGUAUGACAGGCAGAGUGAAUUGAAGGCAUUCGACGACACGAAAGCUGGAGUUAAAGGACUUGUUGAUGCAGGGAUCAAGAACGUCCCUCGCAUAUUUAUACGACCCAAAGAUGAUUUACAAGAUUCGAUAUCAAGCUCGGAAGGAGGACAGUUCAAGUUCCCAAUUAUCGAUAUGGAUGGCCUGGAUAAAGAUCCUGUCAGACGACAGAUAAUUGAUCAAGUUCGUGAUGCAUCACAGACAUGGGGUUUUUUUCAAAUUGUGAAUCAUGGCAUUCCGGAUACUGUGAUGAAUGAAAUGCUGGAGGGUGUGCGUCGAUUUUAUGAGCAGGAUCUUGGGGUUAAGAAACCGUGGUAUACGCGUGACAACCUGAAACGUUUCGUUUAUAAUUGUAAUUUUGAUUUGUAUAGUGCUCCUGUCGCUAACUGGAGGGAUACAUUUUACUGCGCUAUGGCGCCUAGUGCUCCCGAUCCAGAGGAACUACCCGAGGCUUGCAGAGAUGUGCUUAUGAACUACAGCGAGCAUGUAAUGAAAUUAGGAAAAUCAUUGUUUGAAGUAUUGUCGGAGGCUCUUGGGUUAAACCGAAACUAUCUGAACGACAUCGGUUGUGCAGAUGGACUUGGAACACUAGGCCACUACUAUCCUGCAUGCCCCGAACCAGAAAGAGCAAUUGGGACUAACAAGCAUGCUGACAAUGAUUUCCUCACUGUCCUUUUGCAAGAUCACCUUGGAGGUCUUCAAGUGCUUCAUCAGAAUCACUGGGUUGAUGUUCCUCCUGUUCCUGGAGCUCUGGUCAUUAACAUCGGAGAUUUUAUGCAGCUUAUAUCAAACGACAAGUUUAUUAGCUCUGAACACAGAGUACUAGCAAGCAGAAUCGGACCCCGAAUAUCAGUUGCUUGUUUCUUUACUACAGGUGCAUUUGCGUCAUCAAGGAUUUAUGAACCCAUUAAGGAGCUCUUAUCGGAAGAAAAUCCUCCAAAGUAUAGGGCUUUCACAGUGAAAGAAUUUCUUGAUUACUUCUUUGCAAAAGGGCUUGAUGGCAAUUCAGCUCUUUUGCACUUUAAAAGAUCCAUAGCUUGAUUACUAGCUAUAGAUUUAUAUACUAUAUGAACCUCCAUGCAGUAAUACUCUAUAUAAGAAUAAACUCUUCAUGUAUUUUCUGGAUUUUAUCGAAAUCUGAACCUCCAUUGUUUGAUGUUAAA